GAAGAUGAAAAAACAAAGACAAUUAUACAUAAAUGUGGCUAUUGACUGUUUAAGAAGUUAUUCAUCUACUUCCGUUGAACACCAUUUUCUGAUCAGCAUUGUUAAAGAUAACCACUGAAGUUUCACAUUAAAUGGGUAUAUAGUUUCUAAAACUCAUUUAAAAUGGGCUUAACAUUAUCUACUGUUUUCACCCGUUUGUUUGGUAAGAAGCAAAUGCGUAUACUGAUGGUAGGCUUGGAUGCUGCUGGCAAAACUACCAUACUCUACAAGCUUAAGCUAGGCGAAAUUAUUACUACUAUACCAACAAUUGGCUUUAAUGUCGAGACCGUAGAGUACAAAAACAUUGCGUUCACAGUUUGGGAUGUGGGCGGCCAAGACAAAAUCCGGCCCUUGUGGCGGCACUACUUCCAGAACACUCAAGGAUUAAUAUUUGUGGUAGAUUCCAAUGAUCGAGAAAGAAUAGCUGAAGCAGAACGAGAAUUACACAACAUGUUACAAGAGGACGAUCUCCGAGAUGCUGUACUAUUAGUAUUUGCCAAUAAACAAGACCUUCCCAAUGCAAUGAAUGUAUCAGAUCUUACCAACAAACUUGGACUGAAUCAGUUGCACCAGCGAAAGUGGUACAUUCAAUCUACUUGUGCUACACAAGGAAAUGGAUUAUAUGAAGGAUUAGAUUGGCUAUCCAAUGAACUAGCCAAAUAAAAUUGCACUUUUGUGCCAACUGUCACAUCCAUAAAUCACUGUACAAGAUUAAUUAUUUUCUAAGUUUAAUCUUAAGAAAUUAAAUAUUUAUUAUCAUUUA